AUGACUAUAAGUACCAGCGUAUCCCUCGCAGUUUUGGCGAGAGCAGAAGAAAAAGCACUUGAAAAUGUGUUCCACGAUGCAAGCAGCAAAUUUGCAUCAAAAAUGCUUUACGAAGUAGCUAAAAUAAACACAGAGAAAAGUUUUGCUAUAUCACCUUUUUCCGUCUUGACACCUCUCGCACUACUCAGCAUUGCAGCUAGAGAUACAACCCGUGAUGAACUAUGGGAGGCCAUUGGAACUAACGAUGACAAUUCUACAAAAGAAAUUUUUACUUUGGCAAACGACAGAGUUAAAUCUCUUAAAGGAGUGACUGUGAAGAUGGCUAGUAAACUAUACCUUGCACUGAACUAUGACGUAUAUACGGAUUUCGGUGUUGGUAGGUGGGAUUCAUUUGGAUCUGAACUUCAAAAUAUUGACUUCGACCAGAAUGUGAAGGCUGCGCAAGAAGUCAACGCUUGGGUAGAGAAACAAACCAAUAACCAUAUUAAAGAUAUUGUAAGUGCUGACGACGUAGAUUUGUAUACCAGAGCGCUAUUAGUUGACGUAUUUUACUUCAAGGGACAAUGGAAAGAUCAGUUUGAAAAGAGUCUCACAAGAGAGAAGGAUUUCCACGUUAACAAUAAAGAUACGAAAAAAGUUUCUAUGAUGUACAGAAGAGGGAAUUACAAGUUCACAGAAAGUUCCUUAUUGAAAUCGCAGGUCAUAGAAAUUCCCUACAAAGAUCGCGAAGCCUCCUUAGUAGUAGUUUUACCCCGUGACAUCGAAGGUAUAAAAGAUGUGCAGGAAAUACUUAAGGACCCAACAGUUUUACAGAAUACCCGCAAACAAAUGUACGACGCGGGAGUUGAGCUGUAUCUUCCCAAAUUUAAAAUUGAGACAACCACUGAUUUGAAAGAUGUUCUUCAAAAGAUGAAUGUCACAAAGAUAUUUAGCGCUCACCUCUGCAGAUUGGAUUAUCUUAUACGUGUCAGAGGUAAUAUGUACAUAGCCAAAGCAUUACAAAAAGCUUCAUUUGAAGUCGAUGAAGGGACAUCAGCAGCUGUCGACCAUUUGGACCUAUUAUCGAUUGUUGGUGGUAGGCCAUAUGUAUUCAUUGCAAAUCGUCCAUUUAUUUUCUACGUAUUAGAAGGAAACAACAUCAUAUUAAAUGGAGAAUACUAUGCUUAG